AUGGUGAAUGAAUUGGACAGAAGUGUUGAUUUUGAGAAAUUCUCAUGGAAAAUUGAGGAUUUCUCUAAACAAAACGUCAUGAAAUUGCGCUCCAAGCCUUUCAAAAUCCGGGGCUGUACAUGGAGGAUCCUUGUUCAUCCACUGAGGAGCGAUGUGAAACAUUUUUCAGUGUAUUUGAUGGUUGCUGAUUCUUUACCACCGUAUGGAUGGAGCAGAAACACGUUUUUCAAGUUAACUCUAAUUAAUCAAGUGGAUAGGAACAAGUCAAUUGAAAAAGAGACUCAGCAAAAGUUCAAUGGAGGAUAUCGUAGCUGGGGUUCAUUUUUCUUGAAUCUAAGUGAUUUCUACAACCAUAACCAAGGGUUUCUUGUGAGGAACACAUGCAUCAUCGAGGCACACAUUUGUGUCUCGGAUUUAGCACCUAAGAUUCAAGUUCACCCAAAUUGUUCUCCAAGCCAUGACUCAGCAACAGAAUCAUCCUCAGAUGAUAGGGACAGCAUUAGUCCAAGAACCUCAGGAUCUAGUGGAGCAGAAGGGGCAACUCAAGGAUCAAAUAAUUUGAUACUAAGAGAACUCAUAGAUUUGGAGAGUUUAGGAGCAGAAGAAAAAGCUUUCAUUCCACUGCUGGAAGAGGUUUGCAUAUGGCAUCCUAAUCUGAUACAGUGCCAGAAGGAAAGAACUAGCAGGUUUAGACAAUGGGCCUUCACAUCAUUGGGCCAAGUUUUGCAUUUUCUCAAGACCAAAAGGGUGAAGGAUAUGCGUGAAGAGGACAUAAAGCACCUUCAUGGUUUGUGGAAGGAACUUGUCAAGUCCUCAGGAUUUGACUUGGCAUGGCUGGAGCCAUAUGUUCAAUCAGCAUUGGGGUUGAAAGCUUACAUGGAAAGAGCAAAGCAAUUGAAGAAACUGAAGGACAGUGUGGUUGCUUUGGAGAUCAAGAUGAAGAGGCUGAGGGGGGAACUGGCUGCUGCUGAAGGAGAGUUUGAGGUGGCCAGAAGAGGCUUAUCAGAAGUAAGAAGAGAUUUCAAUGAGAUGGAUGUGAAUUCUGCAAUUGGUUAUGCUAUGUUUUAG